CGUCAUUAUUGUUGUAACGUGUCGGUUUUGUGUGCGAUAAACAGUCAUAAAUUAAAUAACAUUUUUAAGUUAAAAGAAAAACCAAAUAUGGCCGACUCUAAUGCAACACAAGGAAAUAAGAAUGACAGCGACUUGGAGGUGUUUGGUGAUUGCAACGGUCCGAAUUCCGAAUAUGUAAAACUAAUCUCGAGCGACGGUUUAACGUUCAUUGUGAAACGUGAAUACGCGUUGACAUCUGCUACUAUCAAAGCCAUGUUAGAAGGUCCAGGACAAUUUGCUGAAACCGAGUGCAAUGAAAUCAAUUUUAAGGAUAUUCCUUCACACAUCCUGCACCAAGUCUGCUUGUAUUUUGCCUACAAAUCUUCUAAAGAUAAAUCUAAAGACAGCGAUUUGUUUGAUGCAUCGCCAUUCGAAAUAAAUCCAAUUAUGGCUUUGGAUUUAAUGAUGGCAGCAAACUUUUUGGAUUGCUAA